CGGGUCAGGUCCCCUGUCCCCGGUCCGACCCGAUCCGUUUGCAGCCCCACUUGAGAAAAGCGGGCACUACGGAGGAUAUCGUGGCAGAGAGACCAGUGAAGGGCCGACGAACAGAGUAGCGGAGGGUUGCAGAGAUGCCGUGCCUCAAUCUUUCUACCAAUGUCAGCUUGGACGGAAUCGACACCUCCGCCAUCCUCUCGGAGGCCACCAAGACUGUCGCCAAGCUCAUCGGCAAACCCGAAGCCUACGUGAUGAUAGUACUGAAAGGAUCAGUACCAAUGUCAUUUGGAGGUACUGAACAGCCAACCGCAUAUGGUGAAUUGGUUUCGAUUGGUGGCCUGAAUCCUGAUGUAAACAAGAAACUGAGUGCUGCUAUUGCAUUAAUUUUAGAAACAAAGCUGUCUGUUCCCAAGUCACGGUUCUUUCUCAAGUUUUAUGACACAAAGGUCCACCAAACUCAAGAAUAUGCACAAUGUUUGCAUGCUUUACAUCAGCAGUAAAUCAUGGUUCAAACUUUGGGUGGAAUGGUUCUACUUUCUAGGUUCUGUGCUUGCCUGGUCUGUUACAUUCAUCUGCUGGAAUGCAUAUGCUAUGAACAAAAUGUCUAUUAUGAACUUGAGACUUUAGUUGGUUUGGUCAGUUAACUGUGAUAUUUUACUGUUGAUCAUAUCUACUUGGAAGAACAUCAAGUUGCCAGUAUCGUGGUCAUCUUUAUCUGAACUAGUGGUGUUACUAAAUACAUAAAUACUGGAUUCUGCAUGAUUUCUAUUUCAGCUGAUUGUCUUUGUGAUUAUGGUAAA